AUGGAGCAUCUAUUGGAGCUGAAUAGCUGUGACAAACAUGGACUGAGGAAUCUGUCUUCCUUAUUUAAGGACAAGGACAAUCCACUAUCAACCUUUCAUCCUGUAUCAACACCCCCUACGAAUGAGACUAACUGUGAGUAUGAUUUGAACUCACUGAGAAGAGACUUAAAUAAACUUGAGAAUGAUACACGAAAAUUGGUAAGCUAUGGUUCGUCAGUUUCCUUGUUGAGUGAUAAACUGUUAUAUCCCUCAUUUUUGCGAACUGUUCCAAAUGAUAUUUUCCAAGCUCUUGGUAUAGCUCAGCUGUUAAUUUAUUUUGGUUGGACAUGGGUGGGGAUUCUAGCAUCAGACAAUGAUUAUGGGAUAAUGGGUGGCCAGACUCUGCAAAAAGAAAUUAUUAGAGCUGGAGGCUGUACAGAAUUUUUUGAAAUGGUCACCAAGGAUAAAGAAAAGACUUCAUCUGUUGUUAAUGUGAUUCAACAGUCAUCUGCAAAUGUUAUUGUUGUAUAUUCUACUGGUGAAUAUCUGGCUCAAUUUCUGGAGGCUAUUUCUGCUCAAAAUGUGACAGGAAAAGUCUGGAUCAGUUCAACUGGCUGGCAGGUAUUCCCAGAAAUAUCCAGUAGAAGGACUGUCAGGAUGUUGAAUGGCAGUGUUGGAGUCUUUAUACACAAGGGCAAAAUUCCUGGGCUGACAGAGUUCUUGUAUAGCCUCCAUCCUUUCGCAUCUCCUGAUGAUAUUUUUAUAAGGGCAUUUUGGGAGGAGGCUUUUGGCUGUCAGUGGCUAAAAUCUGAUGCAACAAAUGUGUUAUUGAACACAACAAGGAAAAAUGUUUUACCUUGCACAGGUCAUGAGGAUUUAAGAUCACUCAGCAUUUCUGUGUACGAUGUAUAUAAUUUCACUUACAUGCUUACCAUAUACAAUGCAGUAUAUGUGGUGGCACAUUCCCUUCAUAAUAUGCUUUCAUGUAGAAAUGGAGAAGGACCAUUCCAGAAUGGGCAGUGUGGGAGUAUCCAUGAUUUCCAGCCUUGGAAGCUACUUCAUUAUGUCAAGAAUGUCAAUUUUGAAAAUACAGGAGGUGAACAUAUGUAUUUUGAUACAAAUGGUGACCCACCUGCAAGGUAUGACAUCUUUAACUUUGUCACAUUCUCAGAAGGAACCAAUAGGUACUUUCAAGUAGGCAGCUUCGAGUACAAAGCUAUUGGAAAGCCAGAACUCAUCAUCAAUGUAGAAGACAUUUUAUGGAAUGAAAAAUUUAAUCAGAUACCACAUUCUGUCUGCACUGAAAGUUGUCAGCCUGGAUAUCAAAAGGUUUUACGUCGAGAACAGCCCCCCUGUUGCUUUGACUGCAUAGCUUGUUCCAAGGGAGAAAUCACCAAUCAAACUGAUGCUGUGAGCUGCGUGAAAUGUAUGGAGGACUACUGGUCUAAUGACAAGCGAGACAACUGCAUCCCAAAAAUUGUACAAUACCUGUCCUAUGAAGACCCUAUUGGAGCUUCGCUAUCAUUUUGCUCAGGCACCCUAAGUGUGUUGACAUUUUCUAUUCUCUUCAUUUUCAUGAAGUUCAGGGACACUCCAGUAGUCAAAGCUAACAACCGUGAGCUCAGCUACUUCCUACUACUGGCUCUCACACUCUGCUUCCUGUGUUCCCUGCUUUUUAUUGGUCACCCCAUGAGACUAAACUGCAUGCUUCGUCAAGUGGUGUUUGGACUGACAUUUUCCUUUUGUGUGUCUUGUAUUUUAGCCAAAACUGUCACUGUAGUGAUUGCCUUUAAGGCCACAAGACCAGAUAGCAGGUUAAAGAACUGGGUAGGAUCCAGGGUAUCUAUUACAACUGUUAUCACUGGAUCACUGGUUCAGAUAAUCAUAUGUUUGGUUUGGUUGUCUGUAUCUGCUCCAUUCCCAGAACUCAACAAGACCACAGAGGAUGGAAAGAUAAUCAUUGGAUGCAAUGAAGGGUCAGCAUUAGCCUUUUGGUGCAUGCUGGGAUACUUAGGCGUGCUAGCUGUUGUCUCAUUUGUGGUUGCCUUCCUGUCCAGGAAUUUACCUGGCAGCUUCAAUGAGGCCAAGUACAUUACGUUUAGCAUGAUUGUGUUUGUCAGUGUGUGGUUAUCAUUUAUCCCUGCAUACCUGAGCACCAGGGGGAUGUACAUGGUGGCUGUGGAAAUUUUUGCCAUCUUGGCUUCUAGUGCUGGAAUGCUCAGCUGUAUAUUUUUACCCAAGUGUUACAUCAUAAUACUGAGGGAGAGUAAAAAUAUUCUUAAGAAAGUACAGAAUAUGGGGUAG